GUCAGCAGCUGUUGCAGUCUGUGAAGGAGCGUUCUUCCUGCAUCUAUUUCUCACCCACUGUUUUAGGUGCCAGACAGAGCCCCGUCUAUAUGUGUCCUUGGGGAAAGCAGCACGCAUGGGAGGAUUCCAGAAAUUCCUAGGAUAUGGCCUGUUGUCUGUGGCCUGCUUCCUUCACCCUGUCCUGGUCUGGCAUGUCACCAUUCCAGGAACCAUGCUAGUUGUUACUGGUAUAGCCUACCUCCUCUUGAGCAAGCAGAAGAAGAUUAAAGGAAAAGACUGUAUUGUGCAGGCAGAGUACUACACAGAUCCUUCCACUACUGCCAUUGCCAUGACCAGAGCAGGGGACACAGAGCAAACCUACACAUUUACUGGCUCCCUGAGAGAAAAGAGGGAGUCACUGCUUACUCAGAUGAGGAGCAUUCUCAAAGUAAAGAAAAGUUGUCAACUAUCCAAGACCCCAGGUCUUAACCAAGGCCAUGUGGAUGUCUCUAUGGAUGUGUGUUCUAAAAAAAAGCAAGUGCAUUUUGAGGAGAAGGUUAUUAAAAUUAUCCCCAUGGAAGGAGAUAUCCUAGAAGACCAGGACAGUGAGCUAGAGGAGACCAACUCAGACACUGCUCCUAUAAUACCCACUGAGACAAGGCAAGCAUCCAACACUUUACCUAUGACUCCUGGCAUCUUCUAAGGAUGUUUGUACACAGUUAUAGCAACACUCGCAACUAUGUGGUACAGAGAACAAACAUGCACAAGAGGCUUUGUGGGGAUUGUUUGUAUCAGACAAUCCGAGUCAGGAUUUUCCAGGAUGUGAAGAAUGUCCAUAAGAAAAAGAGUACCUGCAACUGUCUCAUUACUUGAUUCACAUACCACUAAUCUUGCAAUAUAAUAUGCUGAAGGGUGCACCAAGAUGUACUACAUAUUUAUAUGUUGUGAUAUAUAACUACAGAAAAUGUAAUAUAUUGUCCAUUCAUACAUUUAAAAGGAAAUGCUCCUUAAAUUUUUAUUUUUUAAAUAUGCAAUAAUAGUCAAAUGACUAUUAAUAAAGCCUAUUUUCUCAUAGUC